UGCAAGGCAACUGCUGCGCGCCUCCUGUUUACAGCGCUCGAUCCCAAACACUGAAAGGCCGCUAACCCGCAGAGACCGAAACUAAAAAAUGAAAUGUUGAAAAUUUGGUGGAAGUCCCCUUUAAGCGCUGGUCGUGCUGAUCGCGCGUCGGCCGCUAGGGAGAGGUAUUGGCCCGACACGCCGGAAACUCUUCUACGGAGGAAGCAGAGCAGCUCUUUCCUCCGCCUCACAACAUGGAGGGUCUGUUUUAGUGGAAACAAUAAAAACAGCACAACCUGUGAAACUAAGACAGAUAUCGAAGUGUGAACUUCUCUUCCAGCGGCCUGAGGACGAAGCUGAGGGCGGUUCUGCAGAUUAUGCGGGUCACAGAGACGCCGCUUUUUCUGUAGACAUCGUGAAGACCGUCGUCAGAAAAUGGCCUGGUUCCAUCACGCCCUGCAAGAGGCAAGCCAGCAACAGCCGUCUUCCAUGAAGAAUUUUAUGGCGAAUAAUCACACAUUCCUCGAAUCAAACCUCAGCGCAGCGGUACCAGCAGCUUCAUCCGAGGGUCCGAGCCUGCUUCCGUCCUCCAUUACAGACUUCCCUCGUGUUUCACAGGAUGUGGUGCCCCCAAGCCUGGGAGAGCUAUCAUGUACCUCUUCUCUCACCAUGAGGGGGAGCCAUGAUGCUCUUCCUCUGUCUUACGUGACUCUCCAGGAACAGAGAUGUGUAUUAAGCUGGUUUCUAGGCUGGGGUCCUCCGCAAAGAGAGCGCUUUUUACAAGACCUGGUGUCAAAGGCGGUACCAGGAAAAGUUAGUAGCUUAUUGGACCAGCUCAAUACACUCCAGGUAAAAGACCGCCCGCCCAACAUUUUCGAGUGCCAGUUGAGGCUGUGGACUCAGUGGUUCGAGACAUGGAGUGAAGAGGAAAGAAAUGCUUUCUUGAACAGCCUGGAAGAGAAAGAUCCAACCUUUGUUUCCCAUUUCUACAGAGGACUGGCUAGUACUGCCGGAAGAGACUGAUGGCCUCUGUAACAGGGUCGUCUAUUUGUAUAUUGUAACACAAAAAUGAUGGAAAAGAUGCAGAGAAAGGCUUUCAGGUUGUUGGCAAACUUGAGAGUUAGUGAAAGACUUCAAUAAAAGGUUCCAGUCUCAGCCUACUUGCCAGUAUUAACCUGUUAAUGCCAGAACUUUAGCUACAACAUAAGCUUUUAGGGGGUUUUGGUGGACAGCACAGGUGGACGACUCACUCAAUUAAAGGGUGAUCAUACUAAUCACGGAGAUGUUAACAAAGGCAUCUGUUCCACUGUGGAGCCAAAUAGCUCCCAGGCCUGUACUGUGCUAUUCCACGCUGGUUCAAACUCGUGAGGCCGGUUACGGGUUUGUUUCCAUCUGCUGUGCUGCUAAAUGCUGCAGAACACAUUAGAUUCUGGCUGUCAGACCAACAACAGUCACUCGAUUUUGUGCACUCUGAGUCUUUAUCCUCUAAACAGGUAUUAUUUGAGCAUGUGUUAGCUGGAACCGAGCUUGUGGAACAUUUAGCCUGCUAACUAACGCUACACUAUUGUUAGCCUACUCACUUUUUGAAUCUGUUUGCCACAGAGCCAGUUAGCAUUAGCCCAGCUAAGAAGCUACAGAUCCAACCACCACAGAGCAGCAGCUUUAAUUUUGGCUUUCUAUCCCUCCAACACCAGAAUCAGAACUUAACCUGGUAAACCGAAAAGCUGAUAGCUUGCUAGUUAAGCUAAUGCUAACCAACUUGACUCUCCUAGUUAGCAAUAUUAAUUAAUGAUUGGUGCUAGAUUGAUUGUGACAUUUAUCGAAUGGUUGUUUGAAAGUCGUGCACAGCUUUCAUUUAUUCAGUGACUCUGAAAGCAAACUGAACUUAUUUGAGUGUUGUUGGGGUUUCGGUUGGAUGCAGCUAGAACCAGUUAGCUAAUAGCUACGCCAUUACAUCAUCCUACCAGAUGGUUCUGUGGCCCUGAGCACGGCUAGCUAACUGUAUCGAGAAAACCACACCGAGCACGGUUUGUAAGUGUUCCGUGUCGAACCAUGUCUGCGUGGAAAUGCCACUGGAACGGUUACUCUGUGAUCAGAACCAUUUGAAAAGAGGCGAAAGUCAUGCAGAGUGGUUUGGUGUGAAAUGAUUUAUUAUAGAAAUCCUACUGACUCCAAACGAUGUAUCAGGCAACACAUUCAAAACCAUUUCAUGUAGUAACUUUCUAUUAGGGGGCUUUUAGAGCCGUUAAACACUUAAGACGUCUGGUUCCUAUCACCACCACUGUGAACAGUUCUGACUCUUGCAUGGCGCAUUUCACAUCAAACCACUCUGAACGACUUUGUUUACUUCCUAACAGUUUGAUUAUACAGAGAAAUUGGUGGAAUUUAAUAUGAUUUAGGCAUGUUAGCUGUUGGGUUGUUUGAGAUGGUGGUGUUGAAUGUCCAUCCUUCUGGAGCUAGAGGCUCGUAAUGUGUUACAGGAAAACAUAUUGGUAUCCCAUUACCUCAGUGACUUCUGUCAGCCUGUGCACUGUUUACUCUCGCUUUAAAGGAAUACCCCAGUAUUUUUCAACCUUACUAUAUUGGCUUCUGUUACAUAUUUUACAUAACAGAUGCCAGUGUUAUAUUCAACAUACUUCCUAUCAUUUCAUUACAUCGAAAUUGCUGUUUGUAAUAAUCAGCCAUGUGCUACAGUGGUGUCAGAAUGUGUUUAGGUUAAAACAUGCUGGAGGAUUCCUUUAAUAAGAGUGAACAUUUUGCUGUAAAGAAGACUGACCAAGGGUUCUUUCUGCCUGCUCAGUGAGACUUGAUCUCAACAGUUAUUUAAAUUUCUCAUUUAUUACUUUAUAAACACAAUGUAUCCAUUUGUAUUUUUGUUCUUUUUUAUGAUGAGUGAACACAUUUUCUUAGAAGUUGAUCAAGACUGAUUGCACAGUACUGUGACAAUAAAGUCCAAAUCUUUGUUGUACGUCUAUGUAUCCUCUGUGGUUUAAAGAUGGAAAUCGGAUUAAAGCACAGAAUGUCA